AUGCCCAGGUGUGUCACAGGCACGGCACUGGCCAGCGGCAGGAGUGAGGCCCUCACACCGCAGUGGUUGGAGCAGCAACUGAGGGCAGCGGGGGCCGAGAAAGGGGCUGCGCUGGCCAUGGCAAUCUCUGGGGGCAGCGACAGCAUGGCUCUGGCAGUCCUGGCUGCGCGCCUGCCAGGCCCCCCUGUGACGGCGCUGGUGGUGGACCACGCGCUGCGCCCGGAGAGUGCGGCAGAGGCGCGCCAGGUGGCAGCCUGGCUGGACGUCCUGGGGUUGCAGCAGCAGGUGCUUACGCUGGAGUGGCCCCACGGGCUGCCCACUGCCGCAAAAGUGCAGGAGGCAGCCAGAGAGGCGCGCUAUGAUGCGCUGGCAGGCGUGUGCCACGCGCGUGGGCUGACCGCGCUGCUAACCGCGCACCACUGGGACGACCAGGCGGAGCUGCUGCUGAUGCGCCUCUCGCGCGCCAGCGGCCUAGCGGGCUUGGCCGGCAUGGCGCCCUCCUCGCAGCGCGUGCUGGCGGGGCGGCCCCUGCGCCUGGUGCGCCCACUGCUGGGGGCCACCAAGGCACAGCUGCGGCAGGUGUGCUGUGCUGCAGGCCAGGCCUGGGUGGAGGACCCCAGCAAUGCGAUGCCUGUUUACCUGCGGAACCGGGUGCGCGCCGUGCUGCAAGACCCGCACUCAGGUGUGUCCUCCAGUGACGUUGGGGCAGCGCUGGCGCUGUGCGGCCACCUCAAGGCCCGCCUAGAGGAACAGACGCAGGCGGUCCUAGAGCAUGCGACUCGCACAAAGCGGGAGGGCCGUCACGUGGUCGACCUGGCCUCCCUGGCCGCGGCUCCCCCCGUGGUGCAAGCGGCCGUCGUACAGAGCAUCGUGCACGCCGUGGGUCCGCCUCGUGGCGGCCGACCUGCCAAGAGCCGGGCCGUGGAGGCGCUGCUGACGUAUCUGGCCAAGGGACCUCGGAGAGCUGCCUCCUUUUCUGUGGGACGGACCGAGGUGCAAGCGUAUCCAGAAAAAGGGGCGGCUGGUAGGAUUGUCUUCACUAGACGUCGCUCUGACGAGUAGAAGGAUGUUCGAGAACAUCUUGGUAGGAUUCUAGGGGACCGUACUCACUGCUCGCUUAGAACUGACAUUACGGAUCACGAGAAGGAAGUCUUGCGGAUCCUUCUCGAGUCGGUACAUUCAAGUAAUAAAUGUUAGACUAGCAUACCGACUGAGGGACAGUGCAAGAUUGAUUCGAGAAACUUAGGGUGUGCAUACAACAUGGUGACGAUCCAUGUACGUGCAGCAAAACAAGAACCAUCAAAACUCUUCGUAAACGGCCAGGUCGGAUUGACAGCCAGGUCGAUCGUCAAUAAGCAAGAGCGAGCUUGGUGCUGACCGCA